ACGGCGUCGUGAAGCAAGACCACUGUGGUCUUUGCCGAUCAAACAUUGCCUGUCGUGUGGUUGCAAUUCUCAAUCGUCUGGGAUGGAGCUGUCUCCUUCUCAUCUUCUAAACUGUUCUUCUUCAUCGCAAUUACUGAAAACUAGGGUUAGGGUUUCGCAGACCACUCUCAUCCCUUCCCACCCCCAGCAACUAUUCUCCACGUUGCGUCACCACGACAGACUUCGUCUCAUGGACGCUCAGAGAACAAUCCCUCGCGCUUCCGUGGUCGGUGACAACGGCUCUCCAGUGACAUCUUUUCCAAAUGAUACCGUUGUUGAUCGAAUCGGAGAGGUGAAAAGAGUAACAAAUGAGACCAAUGUGUCGGUGAAAAUGAACUUGGAUGGUACGGGUGUUGCUGAUAGCAGUACUGGAAUCCCAUUUCUUGAUCACAUGUUGGAUCAACUUGCAUCGCAUGGGUUAUUUGACGUGCAUGUAAAGGCUACCGGUGACAUUCAUAUCGAUGAUCAUCACACGAAUGAAGAUGUUGCCCUUGCUAUUGGAACGGCUUUGCUAAAGGCACUCGGCGAUAGAAAAGGAAUUAACCGCUUUGGUGACUUCUCAGCUCCUCUUGAUGAAGCAUUAAUACAUGUUUCACUGGAUUUAUCUGGACGGCCGCAUUUAAGUUAUGAUUUACACAUACCCACUGACAGAGUUGGAACAUAUGACACUCAGCUGGUGGAGCACUUUUUUCAGUCUCUGGUCAAUACUUCUGGUAUGACACUCCACAUUCGGCAGCUUGCUGGAAAGAAUUCUCACCAUAUCAUUGAGGCAACAUUCAAGGCUUUUGCAAGAGCUCUUCGGCAAGCAACAGAAUAUGAUCCUCGUCGUCAUGGGACUGUGCCAAGCUCAAAAGGUGUUCUAUCCCGUUCUUGAUUCUUCAAAGUCAUGAUGCCAAAAGUGGAUUAUGGUAACCAUAAGUUACUAUCAUUCGAUGAAGUACGAGGCAAAAAAAGAGAAAUUAUUACAUGGUGCUGGCCAAUCACAACCCGCCAUGCAAGGAAAUGUGUCAGCUUUAUUCAGUUUUUUGCUUUUGUGGCGGGUUGUGAUUAGCCUAGACCAUGUAGUCCCGGACCAUAUAAUAAUCUCUCGCAAAAAAUGGUCUAAUAUGCUGUUGUCUUUCCUGUUCUGGCAAGGGAUGUUAAAGACAUUAGAAGUGCAGAAGGCAGACAGAUUCUUGUUUUAGGUUAUUGGCCCCGUUAAAGCUAGAGAAUAAAAUAGUAGUGUUGUCUUUCAUUUGACGUAAUUUAUUUUUCUAAUAAUUUUACACGCUGGGUUCUUCAUUUGCCAGUUGUGCUUAGUUUCCUACAAAAUUACCAAUAAAUCUGUUUACUGGAUUUGUGAGGUGUUUGGACUUGAAACAUCCUGUUUUAAUAUUAAACCAUGAUGUUGUAUUUUUCCUUUUCCUGA